GAGUGCUUCAGUCAACAACACUUGAAGCCCUCUACUCAAUUAACGUUUCAAUGCAUCUAUCCUUACUUCUUUUGCUGUUCGGCUUUGUUUGCGGUGAUUCCUACAAUGAAGAGCUGAAAAUUACAAGAUUACCUAGUGGUGCAAACUAUUCGCUGUUUCCUCGUAUAGUGGCCGAGCUCAUCCAUUCUCAUUCUCUAGCGGAAUUGUCCUUCAUGUUAACGCAAGGGCGGUGGCAUAGCUCUAGUUGGGGUUUACCUCCACAGCCGAAUGGUCCCACCGGAGCUAGUGUUCAUGCUUGGAUUUACGGAAAUGAAACUGAGUAUGCAUUUACGGCUGAUGAUAGAUGGCGAACGCUGAUCAACUCUUUGAAUGGCCUAUUCUGCACGGCGAUGACGAGUAUUGUGCCUGAAUUAACUUCUUCGCCUCGUUUUGCAUUUAGUAGGCCAGAUUCCGACAAAGAGCACGAAAUGCACAUUCGAUAUAGCGCCGUUGGAAAAGAAAGCGUUUGCACUGAAAACUUGACCCCCUGGCGAAAGCUUCUGCCUUGUAAGCAGGUUCGUAUUGUCUUUCUCUCAGCCUCUUUGUUCUCGCAUGGUCUUGUCACUCUUCUGAACCCCCUCAAGCUUUAUGAAUCCGUUUAUCACUCCAUGGGAGUGGAGCUUCGUCAAACGGGCCAGGGUGCCAACAACAACUACCAACUUCAAUUAAUCAUCUACAACGUAUUCGAUAUUCCUGUGAAAAGUGGUAAAUUAGAUUGGAGUAUAUCUGACUUGUUCAACCGGAAGGCUACUGGAACAUGCGCUGCAGCUACAAGCAGUGAGGUCAUAGUAGAGUUGGAUAAGGGUAUUCAUCUUGAGCCACCCCCUCAGAGAAUUGUCAGCGAUAAAUUCGGUGUAUACGAUCUUAAAACGAACAGUUCAAGUCCGUCAUUCAGCGUAUCCGCUUUUUACGACGAUAUGUUCGACUUUCUAUCGAGUGAAGAGCAGGAAACUCUCAGCCUCUCGUCAUUCAUUGGAGGGACGGACCAACAUGAUGGAGUUCUGGUGUCUAUCCUCAAAAAUGGUGGUUCAUCAUUACGAGUAACCUUCACUCAUCAGCUACCUUGGUUCAUGAUGAUAUAUUAUCACACAAUUGGAGUCACGUGUGUGGAUUUAGAACAAGGGAAUGAACAGGUGUUCAAAAUCCAUAAACGUCACUUCGUUCCUGCGAUAUCUCGGCGCAGACCGGCUCUCAUUGAAAUGGAAUUGGAACUCCCGAGCAGGUCAAAGUGCCAAGUCCGACUGGAAUUCGAAAAAGCUUUCUUGAGAAUUCGCGAGUAUCCACCGGAUGCCAAUCAUGGAAUGUAUGUACCCGCUGCUGUUGUCACUUUUGAGAAAGAGCAUCAAUUCCUGAUCACCCAAAACGAUAGGAUAAUAGCGGGGAGCCCUGCAGAAGCCAGCCAACAUGGAGGAAUUGCUCAGCGAUCUGGACACCCCAAGUCGUUGAUGGUUUUUGGGGCAAUCACAUCGGACGGCAAGGACUGGUGCGCGACGCACUUCCCAGACUUCAUCUCGUCGAAGGAUUGGCCCCUAAACAGUCUAGACCUAAAUCCAUUGGACUACUCCGGUGUUAUAAGGCAAGCCUGCUCCACCCAGCAUAGAAGUUUGGGUGCUCUACGUGCAACCCUCGUCAAUACCUCUACCUCCGUGCCGCCGUCGACGCGUUUCCUAGGAGAAUUUCGGCCUUCUCUAACAAUGAGAGAACUGACUAUUGGGCUCGAGCCUUUGAUUGGUAGUAAUCCUAUCGGUAUGUUGCUGAUGGUAGCCGACAAGCAAGAGACGGGCGCUACUGAACGGAUUGUUGUGCAUGGAAAUGUUCUGCUUCUAGCCUUACCGGUACCCGACUUCAGUAUGCCAUUCAACGUCAUCUGUUUUGUCAUGACCACCGUCUCGCUAUGUUUCGGACCGAUUCACAGCUUUUCAACUAAAAUAUUGAUUCCGAUUAAUACUGCUCUACCAAGUUCGUCACUGCCAAGAAAACUCUUUCGCAUGCUACUUCUGAUAUUGCUGGGUGUGGCAUUCUAUGCGCAAUACCGUGAAAUGAGUCUUCACGAAAUUCGAAGAAGCAUCGAACAAUUCUUCGAGAAGAUGAACAGCGUCUAG